AUGGACUUAGUGAUCCUUCUGCUAGAACAACUUGAUAUUAUCCUGGGAAUGAACUGGUUUGAAGUCAACCAGAUUCAUAUUAAUUGCUUUACGAAGACAGUUAUUUUUCCUGAAACUAUCGGUGUUGAGGACUUGGUGAUGACUGCUAGACAGGUGGAUGAAGCGGUUAAGGACGGGGCUUCCGUGUUCAUGUUGUUUGCAUCAAUGGAAGUGAAAAGAAAAGCGGUGAGUAGUGAAUUACCAGUUGUACGUGACUUUCCAGAAGUCUUUCUAGAAGAUGUGAGGGAGUUUCCACCUGAGAGAGAAGUAGAGUUUUCUAUUGAUUUGAUUCCUGGAAGUAGUCCUACGUCGAUGGCACCAUUCCGUAUGUCAGCAUCUGAAUAG